AAUUUUGGUAUACUAAGUUGUGAACCGGACACAAAAACCAGCUGAACCGGGAUAUAAUUGCUGCCUCAGUUGAUCAAAAAAACAAACCUUUCUUUCUCUCUCUCUCUCUCUCUCUCCUACAAACACACACACACACAAAAACACAAACGCACACAAUUCGAAAACGAGAUCUCUCUCUUUCUCUCUGGAUUCUCCGACGUCGGUAACGGGGUAUCCUUUCUCCUGUUGACUGCCGGCGAAAGUUUUCUGUGCUCCUAUUUUUCCGGCAACGGUUUGUUUAGUGGUUGAAUUUGGCAAAAAGAGGAGAAGAAAUGAGUACUGGAGAACUUCUCAGCGUCGAGCCUCAGGAGCUUGAGUUUCCUUUUGAAUUGAAGAAGCAGAUCUCCUGUUCCAUGCAAUUGACGAACAAGACGAAUAAUCAUGUGGCGUUUAAGGUAAAAACUACGAAUCCAAAGAAGUAUUGUGUUCGUCCUAACACUGGAGUUGUUUUGCCUUACGCUUCUUGUGAUGUCAUAGUGACAAUGCAAGCUCAAAAGGAGGCUCCUCCUGACAUGCAAUGCAAGGACAAGUUUUUACUUCAGAGUGCAGUUGCAACUCCUGGAAUUGCCCCUAAAGAUAUUACACCAGAAUUGUUUAGCAAGGAUUCUGGUAAUCAAGUGGAGGAAUGCAAAUUGAAAGUUAAUUAUGUUGCUCCUCAUCAACCACCAUCACCAGUUAGAGAAGGAUCAGAGGAAGGUUCCUCUCCAAGGGCUUCAAUAUCAGAUAAUGUCACUGUAAACACAAAUGACUCUUCUUCUGUCCCACGAGGAUUUGCUGAAUCUAAUGAGAAAUUAUCAGAGACAAGAUCCCUUAUAUCUAGGCUGACUGAAGAGAAGAAUUCUGCAGUUCAACAAAAGAACAAGCUUCACCAAGAACUGGAAAUGUUGAGGCGUCAAGGCAACAAAACAAGUGGUGGUGGUGUGUCACUGAUAACCGUUCUUUUUAUCGGUUUGUUGGGGAUUAUUUUGGGAUAUUAUUUGAAGUAAAUAUUUUUAUUUUAUCAAUGGAAGACGGAUAAAAAGACGAGUGGACAAAGGCUGUGUUAUUGUGAUAUUCAAAGACAAAU